AUGUCAGAUAUCGAAAAAGGAAAGAUAGAUGCAGUACCACCCACAAACCCAACUCCACCCAAACCUGAAUUAACUGAAAAAGAAAAAAUGAAAGAAUCACAUUUUUGGAGAAAGACUGCAAUUUAUGCUGGAUUGGCUGCUUUUGUAGUUUUAGUAAUUUAUUUUAUAUUAAUCGUAAGGAAAGCAUUUUUAGAAUAUAUCAUCCGCUUGAAGCGUUUUAUGAGCAUUCAGAUACAUGAUCAAAAGAGAGAGAGAGAGAACGAUAUCAGCGCAACAGAUCCCCCAGUUGAAUUACAUAAUCCAGAAGUUACGAUCAUCGGAGUUGAACAGGGCAAUGUGGAGUGA